GCAGAGGAAACGUCAGCGUGAAGGACAGUUUCCUGGUGCAGUGCUGCCAAAUCUCCUGCAGAGGGCAGUAUUUGUCGACUGGUUUUGGUACAUGCAGUAAUGCAGCUUUUUACACCACAGUUGUCCCGCUUGUAUCAGGUAAAGGUGAGUUGAUGUGGUGCUUGUUUCCUCUGCAGAUGAAGGAGUGUGAAUGAAGGCAGCAGCAUGGAUCAGUGUGAAGACGAGAGAGUUCCUCUGCUCCGGGAACAGAAGAGAGGACGAGAAGCUCAGAGAGCAGAACUCCGGCCUACAGAAGGUUCUUCUGGACCUGGACCUGAAUCCAGCGGAGAGUCCUGCUGUUCCAUCUCAGCAAGCGUGUCCUGGUGCUGCAAUCUCUGCAGCAAGAGAGCCGACUCUCCAGAAUCUGAACCUGUAUGUGCAGCAGGACCAGGACCUGGACCUGCACCUGCACCAGAACCUGGACCUGGACCAGGACCAGAAACUGAACCAGGACCUGGCCCAGGACCAGGACCUGGACCUGGACCAGAACCUGAACCUGAACCAGGACCAGGACCUGGACCCGAGUUUGAGCCUGGAUCUGCUCCUUAUCCCAACCCUGAACAAGGUCCUUCCUCUGAUUACAACAGUCAGCUUCUAACACGUGACGAUGUGACGUCAGAUUACCAGAAUGACUUCAGGGAAGUGAUGACCUCCGGGAUUGACAAAGAUAUUGAGGUAAAGAGGUGGUUGAAGGGCACUUUGGAGAAUUUGGACUCCAGGGGGCUGAAGGAAUUCCAGUGGUACCUCGUGAAUGCAGAUCAAUCAAAGGAUGGUUUCAAACCGAUCCCACUUUGUCGUCUGGAGCAUGCGGACAGAUUGGACACAGUAGAUCUGAUGAUGCAGAGAUUCUCCUCAAAGACCAGAGAGGUGGCCGAGACAGUUUUAAAGAAGUUAAAAAGUGAUAAAGAAAAACCUGUGCCUGUUCCUGAUCCAGUCUCUCCAGCUGGUGCAACAGAGAUAAAUGUUGCCAUGAUGAUGAGUGACUUUGUAAAGAAAGUGUCUAAACAAAUCCUGACGGAGCUCUUGGAGGCCCUCUUAAGUGACGGUGUCUUGGAUGACCGGGACAAGAAGUCGAUACUGGAGGAAAACCACACCAGAGUAAAUAAGGCCAGCUGCCUUGUCAACAUUGUGAUGCAAAAGGAAGAGGAAGUCUGCAAUAAAAUGAUCAAUCAUCUUCAAACCAUAAAUCCUUCACUUUCCUCUGAGCUGAAUGUGUCUGCCGGUCUAUCUGCCGCAGGUACGUUAAAGUCUAAGCUGCAGAAGAAGCACCAGCAUGUGUUUGAGGGGAUCCUUAAAGCAGGAAAGAAAACCCUUCUGGAGCAGAUCUACACGGAGCUCUACAUCACAGAGGGAGGGACCGGAGAGGUCAAUAAAGAACAUGAAGUCAGACAGAUUGAAGCAGCUUCCAGGAAACCAGACAGAGCAGAAACAUCCAUCAGACAGGAAGACAUCUUUAAACCCCCGCCUGGAACAGAUGAACCAAUCAGAACGGUGAUGACGAAGGGAGUGGCCGGCAUCGGGAAAACAGUCCUAACACAGAAGUUCAGUCUGGACUGGGCUGAAGGCAGAACCAACCAGGACAUCCAGUUCCUGCUUCCAUUCACCUUCAGACAGCUGAAUGUGCUGAGAGAGAAAAAGUUCAGCUUGGUGGAACUAGUUCAUGGAUUCUUCUCUGAAACCAAAGGAAUCUGCAACUUUGAAGAGUUCCAGGUCGUGUUCAUCUUUGACGGUUUGAAUGAGAGUCGACUUCCUCUGGACUUCCACAACAAUGAGGUCCUGACUGAUGUUACAGAGUCCACCUCAGUGGACGUGCUGCUGACAAACCUCAUCAGGGGGAACCUGCUUCCUUCUGCUCGUCUUUGGAUCACCACACGACCCGCAGCAGCCAAUCAGAUCCCUCCUGAGUGUGUCUCCAUGGUGACGGAGGUCAGAGGGUUCACGGACCCACAGAAGGAGGAAUACUUCAGGAAGAGGUUCAGAGAUGAGGAGAAGACCAGCAGGAUCAUCUCCCACGUCAAGACAUCACGGAGCCUCCACAUCAUGUGCCACAUCCCACUCUUGUGCUGGAUCACUGCUACAGUCCUGGAGAACGUCCUGAAAAGAGAAACGAGAGACGGGGGAGAGCUGCCCAAGACCCUGACGGAGAUGUACAUCCACUUCCUGGUGGUCCAGGCCAAACUGAAGAAGGUCAAGUAUGACGGAGGAGCUGAGACAGAUCCACACUGGAGUCCAGAGAGCAGGAAGAUGGUGGAGUCUCUGGGAAAACUGGCUUUUGAGCAGCUGCAGAAAGGAAACCUGAUCUUCUAUGAACCAGACCUGAGAGAGUGUGGCAUCUAUGUCAGAGAGGCUUCAGUGUACUCACAGAUCACACAGAUCUUUAGAGAAGAGAGCAGCCUUUACCUGGGCCAUGUCUUCUGCUUCAUCCAUCUGAGUGUCCAGGAGUUUCUGGCUGCUCUUCAUGUCCAUCUGACCUUCAUCAAGUCUGGAGUCAACCUGCUGGAGGAAGAGAGAAACACAGAGACUGACCUCUAUCAGAGUGCUGUGGACAAGACCUUACAGAGUCCCAACGGACACCUGGACUUGUUCCUGCGCUUCCUCCUGGGUCUUUCACUGGAGACCAAUCAGAACCUCCUACGAGGUCUGCUGGAACCAAAACAAAGAAGAUCACAGAAUAAUCAGGAAACAGUUAAAUACAUCAAGAAGAAGAUCAGUGAGGAUCUGUCUGCAGAGAGAGGCAUCAACCUGUUCCACUGUCUGAAUGAACUGAACGCUGGUUAUCUGGUGGAGCAGGUCCAAGAGUCCCUGAGGUCAGGACGUCUCUCCACAGAGUAUCUGUCUCCUGCUCAGUGGUCGGCUCUGGCCUUCAUCUUACUGUCAUCAGAAGAUCUGGAGGUGUUUGACCUGAAGAAGUUCUCAGCUUCAGAGGAGGCUCUACGGAGGCUGCUGCCGGUGGUCAAAGCCUCCAAGAAAGUUCUGUUGAGUGGAUGUAACCUCUCAGGGAACAUCUGUCCACUUCUGUCCUCAGUUCUCAGCUCUCAGUCCUCCAGUCUGACAGAACUGGAUCUGAGCAACAACGACCUGCAGGAUUCUGGACUGAAGAAGCUGUGUCCUGGACUGGAGAGUCCACACUGUCACCUGGAGUCUCUCAGGCUGUCAGGCUGUCUGAUCUCAGAGGAAGGAAGUUCUUCUCUGGUCUCAGCUCUGACCUCCAACCCCUCCCACAUGAGAGAGCUGGACCUGAGCUACAACCAUCCAGGGGAGUCAGCAGGGAAGCUUCUGUCUAGACUGGAGGAUCCUUGCUGGAGACUGGACACUCUCAGGGUGGAGCCUGCUGGACAACGAUGGUUGACACCAGGAGGUCUGAGGAAGUAUUCCUGUCAACUCACCAUCGACACAAACACAGUCCACAACAAGAUCAAACUGUCUAACAACAACAGGAAGAUGACACAUGUGAAUGAGGUUCAGUCAUAUCCUGAUCAUCCAGACAGGUUUGAGUCCAGGUACCAGCUGCUGUGUAGAGAAGUUCUGACGGGUCGCUGUUACUGGGAGGUCCAGAGGAGCGGAAGAGUUUCUGUAUCAGUGAGUUACAGGAGAAUCAGCAGGAAAGGAACCUCUAAAGACUGUUUGUUUGGAGGGAACCAUCAUUCCUGGAAGCUGGACUGUUAUGAUGGUGGUCGGUACCAUGUCCUUCACAAAAACAGAAUAACACCUUCCUCCUCCUCCUCUUCCUCAGUCUCUGACAGAGUAGCAGUGUACGUGGACGUUCCUGCUGGAACUCUGUCCUUCUACAGCGUCUCCUCUGACAGACCGAUCCACCUCCACACCUUCAACACCACCUUCACUGAACCUCUCUAUCCUGGGUUCUGGCUCUGGUCUGGUUCUUCAGUGAAUCUGUGUUGAGUUCAGUCUCCAGAGUCUCCUCCUGUCAGAGAAACUGUCUCUGUUGGACAGAUAGUUGAGUCUGUACAUGUCUGUUUCUGUUUCCAUCAGAACACAUGAAUCACACGUUGGUGAAACUGUUCUGAAUGAUUCCUUGGAAACUUCUUCCUCUUCCGGUCCUUUAAAGGUGGAAGCUGCCGUUAUCAAGUUCAAGUUAACUUUAUUAAUACCCUUAGGUAGAUUUACUUUGCAGUAGGUUGAAUUCAUCUCACACACAAUCUUUACCGUCAUUAAUUUGACACAGAACAAAAACAAGGAAAACAAUGAACAGGUUUGCAACAGCAGCAGACAGACAUGGCAGGAAUCACGACGCUCACUGACAGGAUAAAAGUAGACUUUUGACAUUAUUACUAGAAAACUUAAAACGUAAAGGAAUUUUUUUAAUAAAUCCUGCCUCAUGCUCCUUUAACGUUUCAUUUUUAUCUUUAUUAUUGUUGUUUUGAUAAUUAGUGUUUUAUGUCUAGUGUGCCAUCAGGAUUUAUUCAAUGGUGUCGCUUUUCCAUCUGUUUGACACCUGGAUGUGAAUAAAUGCUGAUUGAUUUUAAUGAGAAUUUGUUUGUGUUUUAUACAAAUUCUGGUCACAUGGCUGUUUGACAGAGCUAGAGCCGAACUGUAACGUCUUCAACCGUUAUUCUGUAGUGAUAAUAGUAAGAUUUACUACUCUGCAGAAUAAUAUCUAUUUCUGAGACUGAUUCCUGCUGUUAAAGUUAGAAUUAUUCCUGGAAAUCCAGGUGGUGCCCCGAUUAGGAUUAAGAUCAUUUUGAUGAAUCAAUUUGAUAAAUAGUCUACUUUAUGAAUUAUUAAUAAUUGUUGAAUGAAAUUAUUAAUAACUCUUGAUAACUGGAACAGCCCCCUAAGUGUUGCACAACAUCCUGUUCCAGCCAUGACGUCACUACUGGACUGUCAGGUUUCUGUCAUGGUAAAGAGUUUGUUUGUAUGUGAGUUUAUUGUAUGAAUAAAAUGAUC